AAUAACAAUCGACUGUUGCAGUACAAGCAACCGAACAUCUGAUUUUUUGCCCAGAUUUUUAGUUUAUUAUUUGUUUAUCAUUUAAAACAAAUUUAAAUUUGUGACAUACUCACUGUAAAACGAAUACCUUGGUUGAUAUUGGACCCUUGUCACAUCAUUCCACUAGCGUUAAUCCCGGUUGCAUCCUCACCUCUCUUGAGUGCAGCCCGAGUUGUGCCAAUGACCACUGUUCUGGAUUGGGUUACGAAGAAUUUGUUGUGACUGACGCGACGUGAUGUUGUCAAGGAACCGAAUCUCCGACUUGAAUGGACGCCAUCGUGUGAAACCAACGUGACAUAAAUGUAAGGUGGCUCAGCAACCUGUGUCUUUUCGUUGGCAGCUCUGCCUACUAAACUGUAACCAUGGUGGUGGUGCUGAACGGCGUCCUCGCGGACGAGUGCCCGACCACGGUGCGCGCGCUGCUGGCGGCCCACCCCGGCUACAGGGACGCGGCGGCCCAGCUGCUGGGGGCAGCGGCCCGCGUGGUCGGCCCGCCGGGCUUGCUGUAUGUAGGCCAGAGGGAAUUGGCGGCUGUUGUGCCUCACGACAAAAAUGUAAACAUCUUAGGAUCAGACGACGCUACAUCAUGUAUUAUAGUUAUCGUUAGGCAUUCAGGAUCGGGCGCAGUCGCCCUAGCCCACUUAGACGGGUCCGGCACGGCGGAGGCGGCGAGCGCCAUGGUGUCCCGGGUGCAGCAGCUGGCUGUGGGCUACCCCGACGGCAGGCUCGAGCUGCAGCUGGUGGGAGGGUUCACUGACCCCCACCGGUACUCUGAUGAACUGUUCGCCAGUAUUAUGUUAUCGUUCCACCGUCUUACCGUCGAGAUCGACUUGACCCUAGCGUGUUGCUGUGAACUGAACACGGCGCUCGGGGGAGGCUCCCCCGCGCCGCUGGUGACGGGGGUGGGCGUGGACAUCCGCGCGGGGGACCUGUUCCCCGCCACGUUCCCCGACAAGGGCCCGGAGUUGCCGCUCCGCGAGGCCAGGAUGAUCACGGGGGGACCGCAUUCGGCGCAGGUUCUGGACAUUUACGACAAUGGCGUAGGAAUGCUACGCAUCGGGCCGUUCAACUACGAUCCUUUAAGGGGAGUGGAUCUCUGGCUGGAGCAGUCAGACGACUUCAUACUCCAGCAUCUGAGCACCACACCGGCUGUGGAGCCGCCCCAUUUUGUGCACAAUAUCCGAGUGACCCUGAAGUUCAUCCAGCAGCACCCGUUCCCGGCCGUGACCGUGUUCCCGGACAACCGGCCGCACUACUACCGCCGCGACGAGCAGACCGGCUGCUGGGUGCCCAUUAGGUUUUAAUUCCAUUUGAUUUUUAAAAAUAGACCUUAAGGUCUAUCGCCACACUCCUACAUUAGAGCCUCGCCCGGGACGGCAUGGUUUGCUUCGGAGAAAUAUUGAAGUUCCGUUAGGUUCCGUAGGCUAAAAGUUAAGUUUCUUUUUUGUUCACUUUAAAUUUAGAAUGUGACCGACGUCUUUUUUCGCAAACGUUUAAAGGCAAUGUCUCUUAUCUUUUUUACACUUCAGGUUAACUUACAGUUAGAGAGAGAUGGAAGAUAAGAUAUAUUGUGUCUUUUCAACGUUUUUGUGAAUAAGCCAUCUAAGGUUGUUAAGUGACGUUUUAUAAAAAAGUUGAUUUUAUUCGAUUUGAAUUUAGAAUAUGGCCACUAAAUUAACUUUGGAAAGUCAAAUUUUUUUACUUUUUAUUUCCAAAAGAUUUUUAUGAUAUAAACAAUGUUUGAUUUAUAUAGGUAGGUAUGUAUUUUUUAACGUUGCGCAUUUUAAAAUAUAAUGUUUCUCAUAAUAAUGCAUAGUACAAGAAAUGUCUACGCGCAUGAUCGAAUUGUUUCAAACUAUUUACAAAGUUUCGUUUUUAGUUCAUAUUUUUGAUCAAAUAAAGAUAAUCUGUUUUGAGUUAAUUUAUUUUAAUAGUAGCCUUGAGCACCUUAAAAUUUAUUUCUGCGUUUUAAAUUAAAUAUAUUAUUAUCCGAAAUCCAGGUUAUUAUACUUGUAGACUGUUUUCCGAACAAAUACAUUGCAUCUAAUGUAAAAAUGGCUGUUACUCUGUUCUAAAUAAAAUUAAGUCGUCACAACGACUAAGCACACACUACUUUUAAGAACGUUUUAAUUUAUUUAUUUCUUAUUAUUGUAAUCUGACACUGUUUGACAUGCCAUUAUUAGGAUAUAAAGCCGGGUUGGUUCACUUUUUCUAUAUCUUUUUUUACUCAGAAAUAAAAAAACUGACUCAGGACAGCCCCUAUUGUCCACUGUCAAUUAAAAUUGUGUUACAUAGUCACGUCUAUCGCUUGGGGAUAGACAGAGCCGUCUUGAAAAGACUGAAAGAUCAUGUUUAGCUGUACGGCUUUAUGAUGGAAUUGUUACACUAAAACUUUUUUAUUUUACAACAAAUCAACAAGUUUAAAUUUAUGAAUAAAAAUCUAUAUAUUAUGGAUAAACUAUCUUUGUUUUCUUAAUAAAAUAGAAAAUGCGAGCAAGGCAAUUGUUAACAAUUUUAUUUAUAAAAAACCUAUCACAAUAGUGCCUUAUUUUAGUUGUUAUGUUAAGUAAUAAGCAGUGAAUUAAUUUUAGUUUUCAAUCUCAAAUUUAUAUCAUCAAACAUUUAAGUACAUUUCAAACUAUUAUAGUGGUUGUAUUGAGUUUUGUUUUUAUUGUGAUAAUGCUAGAGGUAAGCGAAUUUUGAAUUUAUCAAAAUAUCUAUAUGUAUCAAGUUAAAAUUACUAGUUUUAAACCUAUAUAACAGACAUGUGUGAUCAUACCAGUUGUCUAAAUAAGUACAUUUCUUUGUAAAUAUGAAUUUGAUUUUUUAACUACUUAGGUUUUAUUUAAGGGUAAAAUGUAUAUUUUGACAUUAUUUCUUAGAAUUUCUUUACAACACUCCUACUUAGAAUACUUUUUUAAAUGUAGUAAAAUAAAAUUAUAUAGCAAUAUUGCAGUUUGUGGUAAAAGUAUGUAGAUGUGUAGCAAGUUUCUUGUAAAUAUUUUAGUGAAGAAAUUAGACAUUUAGUUAUUGAAGUUAUAGUUAUGUUUUGUGAAAUAUAAUGAAUAUAUUUAAAGUUCA